UCUAUUAGCAGUGGUUGUGGGCGGGUUGUGGAAAGCUGACGUCAGUGUAGGUGGUCGGUGACGGCGGGGGAGGGGCCACAGAGCGAACUGAUCCCACGUGUGACGGAGUGCUGCUUUCCCGGCUCACUGACACUGACACUGGAGCUCCGCUCUGUCUGCCGACCCUCCUGUCUGUGUGUGUCCGUUAGUCGCUGCCUGCACCUGGGUCAGAUAUGGAAGGCGACGGGAGCCAAGCCACGUCUGGAAGCCCGACUGAUCCGCAGCACGACCCGGGGAAAAUGUUUAUCGGCGGGCUCAGCUGGCAAACUUCACCAGACAGCCUUAGAGAUUAUUUCAGUAAAUUCGGGGAGAUCAGAGAAUGUAUGGUGAUGAGAGACCCGACGACAAAACGCUCCAGGGGCUUCGGCUUCGUCACUUUUGCAGAUGCUGCCAGCGUCGAUAAAGUCUUAGCACAGCCGCACCACGAGUUAGACUCUAAAAUGAUCGACCCUAAAGUUGCCUUUCCACGCCGCGCUCAGCCCAAGGUAAGAAGACUCUUCUCCUCCACCGCAGGUCACUGAGGUCGGACUGAGCUGCCUCCAUCUCACACACACACACACACACACACACAC